UCUGACACCACAACUACUGAUGCUACAACAACUUUUGAUUCCACAAACACCCAUCUAAUGUUAACCACUGAUGCGUCAACCACAUCUCUGUCUGACACCACAACAACUACUGAUGCAAGAAGUUUGACUUCCACAGCUACCCCUUCAGCAUGUACGGCUUCUCUGUCUGACGCCACAACAACUACUGAUGCAACAAGUUUGACUUCCACACAACAACAACUCUCAGCAGCAGCAUCAACAACAAUUGGUGCAGAAACAACAACUCUGUCUGACACCACUACAACUACUGAUGCUACAACAACUUUGGAUUCCACAAACACCCAUUUAAUGUCAACCACUGAUGCUUCCACAACCACACCUCUGACAUCGACAACUAUAGCACCAGUAUCUACAACAUCCUCAACUACAGCAGCAGCGUCAACAACAUCUGAUGCAGCAACCACACAACAACAACUCUCAACCAAAACUCUGGCCGACACCACAUCAACAACUGAUGCAACCACAUUCUUGGCUUCCACAACCAUACCUCAGACAUCGACAACUAUAGCACCAGAUGCAUCCACAAUCUUGGCUUCCACAACCACACCUCUGACAUCGACA